AAAUGCCAAAUUCAAACUUUCGACUACCGAUUUUAUUUAUUUAUUAAUUUAUUAUAGUUUUGUUCUAAUGUGUUUCUCUGAACUGCAGUUUGUCUGCGGCUCUUCAUUCAGACUCUUGAUCGUCGGGAAUAUGUCAAGUGUUUAGUUCUACUUCCGCCAUCCUGCUUCUGGAGCGUCACGUGACAUCUGUGUGAUUUUGACUUAUGUUUGUUUAUGCUGCUCUUAGGGAAGUUGUCUUCAGGAAUUGAGGAACUAUGGCUACAGCAGAGAGUCUGAGUCUUAUUAAAUCAGCAGAUCUGAUCAGGAGAGAGCCUCUGGAUUAUGGAGGGUUUGGGGAAGUGUACCUGUGUUACCACAAAACCCUGGGAAAGGUGGUGCAGAAGACGGUCUACACCGGACCCCCGCGCAACCGGCGUCAGAAGCAGUCUCUCCUGGACGAAGGCAGUCUGAUGAGCAGGUUAAGUCAUCAGAGAGUGGUCAAGCUGCUGGGGGUGAUUCUGGAGGACGGAGACUAUUCUUUAGUCAUGGAGCUGAUUCCUAGAGGAAACCUGCUCACCAUGCUGGAGACGGUGCCUGUCCCAGUGUCUGUGAAAGGAAGGAUCAUUCUGGAGAUCCUGGAGGGAAUGAUUUAUCUCACGGGGAACCAAGUCAUCCACAAAGACCUCAAACCAGAGAACAUCCUGCUGGACAAGAACUUCCACAUUAAAAUCGCAGAUCUGGGUCUGUCCACGUCUCCGGUGUGGAGCAAGCUGACGAAAGAGGAGUCUCGCAGACAGAGUAGUCUGGGCAGGAGGACGAGUGCUAGCGCCGCAGGGACGCUGUGCUACAUGGCUCCUGAGCACCUGAAGAGCAUCAAAACACGCUUCAGCGAGAAAUCUGACGUCUACAGCUUCGCCAUCGUGGUGUGGGUCAUCCUCAGCGGCCACAAGCCCUACGAGAAUGCCAGUUGUGAAGAGCAGAUCUGUCACUGUGUGUGUCAGGGCGAUCGUCCCGAUGAAGACCUGAUCUCUUCAGACACUCCUCAAGACCUCAUCCAGCUCAUGAAGACCUGCUGGAAGGAAGAACCUUGUCACCGGCCCACAUUUAAAGAUAGCUUUGAAUCGCUUUUACCUUUUUACGAGGAGAAGCUGGCAGCAAAUGUAAAAGUGGAUUUGGAGAGUCUGACGAGAUUGUAUGAGGGUCCAGAGGAGAUGCUAGAAAAGCUGAAGUCCAUCACUCCUGAAGACGCUCCGCUGUGUUCCAGAGACUCUCCAGGGCCCUUGAGCUCAGACAUCGGUCCGGUGGAGGCUGGCAUUGAAGACCUCAGCUUCAGGACCGCUGAAGAGUCUCUUCCGGACGCCAGCGUUUAUAAAAUGCUCGCGCAGCUGCCGGCCAGCAGCAGGACGGCCGGAGAACCUGCUUCUGUCAAGUCUUGGACUAAACCCUCUACUAACCCAAACCCAGACAGAGCAGAGGACCUCCAUCGGAGGCCUGCAAGCUCUUUUGAUGGAUUGCACAGGCCAGAGUUGACGAGUCAUCUCUCCAUGCCAAACUCUGACUACAACUGGCUCCAGCAUCCUCAUCAUCCGCCGUACACUCGCAUCAAGUCCUGUCCAGAUACUGCAUCACCUGACUCGGGGUCUAGGCCUGUGACCAUCUCGAAUGCCAGUGCCAUUCAAAUUGGAAAUCACAACACGAUUAAUGUGCAAGGGUCUGAUAACAGCUCGUCAUCCACCGGACCCAUCAACAGAACCAGAAAUAAUGAGCUUCUGCUGAAGUACGAGGAGCACAAGGUCACUGAGAGCCACCUGGAGGUCGUGCGUCAGAGCGUGGGUAGAAACUGGAAGCAGGUGGCUCGUAAACUGGGGCUGACAGAUAUAGACGUGGACACUAUCGAGCACGACUACGAGCGCGAUGGCUUGGCAGAGAAGGUGCACCAGAUGCUGAUGUGCUGGAGGAUGAAGGAGGGUCUGCUGGCCAUCACUGUGGGUAAACUGUGCCGUGCACUGGAGGGCUACAUCGAACCCUUUGUCUUCCAGCAGUUGCUGCUGAAGUCUCAAGACGCCGCUGGAGGGCCUUGAAAUGCCACUUCUACUUGUAUCAUACUUACAUAACUACAUUGGGUAAAGGGACAUUUAUACAACUAUAACAACCUUUACAUUACAAAGACGUUCAGUAUUUUUGACAGUCUAACUUUCAUCACUGUCUCUGGGUGUUGGAUGCUACGGCAUAAUGAUUGUGAACAGAUCAUUGCACAGACAUAUGUGACCUGAGAGCACAAUUCCAGAAAUGGGAAAUCAUUAAUUUGCACAAAAACAUGAAAAUGCAAACUUGGGAUGCAAAAA